CACUAUAAAUACAAAUAUUUCUAAGGGCAGUCAGUGCCUGCAUUCCUGCAAAGCAAAGUAGACAGCAAUCUUCUGUCUGUGUGUUACCUUUUCCCUCAGUUUCUCAUUGCUUCGGAUAAAGCCAGUCUUUUUUUUCUUCGCUAUUCCCACCCAGUCAUUGAAUCUCCAGAAAGCAGAAGAAUCCAAAUCAUCGAACAGAGAGAAAAAGAAGGGUAAGUAUUUGAGAGGGAGAUUUGAAUAAGGAGAUGAAGAACUCGGUGUCGGAUCGCAGUUUUUACAUUGACAGUGAAGAAGAAGAUGAUGAGGAGAAGGACAACAAAAGCAUAGAAGACGCGAAUGAUUCUGAUUCUUCGGGUUCGGAAGCCGAGCACCGCCGGCAGCAGCAGAUUCAGCCCAGUUCUUACAAUACCCAAUGGCCUCAGAGUUACAGGCAAUCCAUUGACCUGUAUAGUAGUGUACCAUCCCCUGGUAUUGGGUUUCUAGGCACUCCUUCACUGUCAAGAUUAGGAAGCUCGUUUCUUUCCUCAUCACUAACGAGAAGGCACACUCCCGAAACAUUACCUUUUUUGACAAAACCUCCGGUACCAACCCUUGCUGAGCAACAACAGCAGAGACAAAGUUCUCAUUCUCUACUUCCACCAAUUCCUUCAAGGAGGUCUUCAAUAAAAAAAGAUGAUAAAUCCAGGAUUUCUCAUGAACAUCAUCCAAUGCCUCGCCACAGCUCAUUCGCACAAGCUGUGGUUAAUGGAAUCAAUGUUCUUUGUGGAGUGGGAAUUCUAUCAACACCAUAUGCACUCAAAGAAGGAGGAUGGAUCGGGCUUUCCAUUUUGUUUAUUUUUGCAGUGCUGUCGUUCUACACUGGAUUGCUUCUGCGUUACUGCUUGGAUAGUCAACCUGGGCUUGAGACUUACCCAGACAUUGGCCAAGCUGCAUUUGGUAAACCUGGCCGAAUUGCUAUCUCGAUAGUACUGUACGUUGAAUUAUAUGCUUGUUGCAUAGAAUAUAUAAUCUUGGAGGGUGACAACUUGUCUUCGCUAUUCCCAAAUGCACACCUGAACUUGGGUGGAUUUGAGUUAAAUGCACACGUUUUGUUUGCAAUUUUGACCGCCCUUGCUGUUCUACCUACUGUUUGGCUUCGAGACCUCAGUGUUCUUAGCUAUAUCUCAGCUGGUGGAGUUAUUGCGUCGAUCUUGGUAGUGCUUUGCUUGUUUUGGGUUGGUCUAGUAGAUGGUGUUGGCUUUGAGAGCAAAGGGACUCCACUGAACCUCGCAACUCUUCCUGUUGCUAUGGGUCUCUAUGGUUACUGCUACUCAGGACACGCUGUAUUCCCAAACAUAUAUACUUCAUUGGAAAAACCAAACCAAUACCCUGCAAUUCUCUUAACAUGCUUUUGCAUAUGUACUUUCAUGUAUGCUGGAGUUGCUGUCAUGGGUUACACAAUGUUUGGAGAAGCAACAUUGUCACAGUUCACUCUCAACAUGCCUCACAAUUUGGUUGCCUCAAAGAUCGCUGUGUGGACUACGGUAGUCAACCCAUUUACCAAAUAUGCAUUAACUAUAUCUCCCGUGGCAAUGAGUCUGGAGGAGCUGGUACCAUCAGACAAAUCUCGCAUGUACUCUAUCUUUAUUAGAACAGGGCUGGUGCUCUCUACCCUGGUGGUCGGUCUUUGUGUACCUUUCUUUGGUCUCAUGAUGUCAUUGAUCGGAUCUUUAUUCACAAUGCUUGUAGCCUUGAUACUUCCUUGUGCUUGUUAUCUGAGUAUCCUCAAGGGACGAGUAACUCGUUUUCAGAUGAUACUUUGUAUUAUAAUUAUUACAGUAGGUGUCGUAGCAUCUGGUUUCGGAACAUAUUCAGCUGUAACUAAAAUCGUAGAGAAUUUGAGCAGCUGAAGUUUUUGGGGAUUUACUUUUCUGGAACAGUGAGAGACACCAUGAUUCUGUAAUCUAGAUUCGUUAAGAGUAUUGUAUAAUCUCAUGGUGUUCAUUUGCAAUUUUGAGUUACAUCUAAGUUAUGUAUCCCCCGUCCCUGCUACUUUAAUUGUUUCCAUAAUUUGCAGUAAUACAUUUUGGUAUUCA